AUGGUGAAGAUAGUGCUGUGUCUAACCAUUGCUUUACUCUUCAGCUUUCUCCGUAGUAUGACAGCUCUCUUGGAUCCAGUACAGAUUGAGGAGCGAGAAAGGAAGAGACUGAAGCAGCUGGAUCAUCAGCGUGCCAUCGAGGCUCAGGUGGAGGAGCGGAGGAGGCAGAGGCAGCGAGAGGAGGAGCAGAGGCGCCGGGAGGAGCAGGAGGAGGAGAGGAGGCUGCAGAGAGAGAGGGAGAGCAUCGAGAGACAGUGCCAGGAUGAGGCCAGGAAACAGAGGCAGAAAGAGGAGCUGCAGACUCUGCAGACGAAUGAAUUGUACCUGAGCAUGCAGCAUGCCCAGGAGGAGGCGAUGAAAGAGAAGCAGGAGCAGCGCAUGAAGGACCUGCUGCGCAAGGGACACGACAUCUCAAACCUGCAGAAGAACAUGGAGGUGAACAGCAGCCAGAGCAUCGCCCCCAGCAGCCUGGCAGGCUACCUGUGCGACAGCGGUGAGGCAGAGAGGCCUGCCAAGAUGAGCCAGGACCUCCAUUCCCCGAGAAAGGAUAACGGAGUGCAGACAGAGUCCUGGAUAAGCACAGCUGCACAAACAGAAGUUGGCAUGCUGAAUCGGGUUCAGGAACAUGCUGCAGUCGGUCCAGGCAGAGGGCUAGCCACUCGCACACCAGACAUCCCAGUGGAAUACAAGCACCCACCGAACACCAAGAAAACCAAGAGGGAUUCGAGACCCCCUGAUAGGAGAAACGGGAAAGAGAACGUGUGCAGACAGGACGAUCCCUACGAACCCUUCUCCAGAACGGAGAGGAGGCCGGGAAAGCAGCUGGAGAGGAACGGGAAGAAGCCGGAGUGGAAUACCAACAAGCCUGGGAAGCAGUUUGUGCCUGCGUCUGAGAACAGGCAGAGGAGGCAGCAGGAGCUGCUGCAGCUGGCAGAGAGGAACCAGCCCCCCCGGGAGAUCUCCCCCAGCCCAGCCCCACAGCCCUCAUACAGGCAGGGCCAGCCUGCAGGCACAAAGAAAGAGCAUACCCAAAGAAACCCUGCACACACAGAACACAGGUCUCCGUCUCCCCCGGUCCCAGCGCUGAAACACCACUUGCACCCCCUGCAGCACAACCCCAGUAAACCCCCGGCUCAGACCCAGCCCUCCGGAACCCCCAAGGAGCUGCAGCAGCAGGGAGCAGCCAGCUCGGAGAGGCCGCCCUCCGCUCACUUCAUCCCCUACGUGCGCACAGACGAGGUUUACAGACUCGAUCCUGACGCCCCACUGUCCAGACCGUCCACGCAUGACCCCCAGUACAGACGGCAGAACGGUGAUUCUGGUCAGACGAGGGACCCUUUACUGAACCCUGAGCUGGUAAAGAACAAAGACAGACAGCAGGCCAUUCUUAAAGGAUUGUCCGAGCUACGCCAGGGACUGCUUCAAAAGCAGAGGGAGCUGGAGACGGGGUUAAGUCCCCUUCUGAGGAACCAGGAUGGAAACCUCUCUCCUCCUUUUCAAUCAAUAUGACAGACGAUGUGUCGUGUCCUUUGAACUGCAUGGGAGCCUAUUCACUGAUGUUUCAUCAGCACUAAGCAACACAACAAUCAGCACUUAUCCUGUACAGCGACUGUGAAAUAAAAACGCAAAACAUUACUCACGCUUUGCACAUUUUACAGGUGCGCCUAACAGUGUCUGUCCCUUAACUGAAGUACUGAAACCCCAAUCCGUUGAAAAGAUGAAAUUCUACUUGAGUUGAAUGUAGAUGUAUGUCAUUUUGUUUUCAUGUGAAGAUCAUAUUGUAUUGUAAAUGAGUUGGACUGUAAAUUUAGAGAUGCCGUAAGAUAACACUAUUUAUUAAAAGCAUAUAUUUUGCCUAACCUUUGAGAUGUUAGUAUUAUUAAACUUGCACAAAGAUUGAGUCUAAUAUAAUUUGUUGUUGUGUAACAUACAGAAAUCCAGUAAUGUAGUCUCCUGAUCAGGAGAAUGAUUGUCACGCACAUGAACAGUAAUAAUAAAAAUCGGUAUUUUUUAAAUGUGCUGUUUUUCUCUCCUAUACAGUGCUUCUAUUAUUUUGAAAUGUUGAAAUGUGUCACUCUAGAAAUGGGACUCUGCGAUUCAGGUUACUUUUGGUAUUCGCACAGUUGAAAUAGAAAAUAACAUGGUGCCCUACCCUCUCUCCAGUUUCAUUUCAAAUGGUUUGUUGGAUUAGCAAUGUUUAAAACAGGUUUCCUAGGGGUUGUUUAAUUAGCAAUGUUUAAAACAGGUUUCCUAGGGGUAGUUUUAUUAGCAAUGUUUAAAACAGGUUUCCUAGGGGUAGUUUUAUUAGCAAUGUUUAAAACAGGUUUCCUAGGGGUUGUUUUAUUAGCAAUGUUUAAAACAGGUUUCCUAGGGGCUGUUGGAUUAGCAAUGUUUAAAACAGGUUUCCUAGGGGUAGUUUUAUUAGCAAUGUUUAAAACAGGUUUCCUAGGGGUAGUUUUAUUAGCAAUGUUUAAAACAGGUUUCCUAGGGGUAGUUUUAUUAGCAAUGUUUAAAACAGGUUUCCUAGGGGUAGUUUUAUUAGCAAUGUUUAAAACAGGUUUCCUAGGGGUAGUUUUAUUAUCAAUGUUUAAAACAGGUUUCCUAGGGGCUGUUGGAUUAGCAAUGUUUAAAACAGGUUUCCUAGGGGCUGUUGGAUUAGCAAUGUUUAAAACAGGUUUCCUAGGGGUAGUUUUAUUAGCAAUGUUUAAAACAGGUUUCCUAGGGGUAGUUUUAUUAGCAAUGUUUAAAACAGGUUUCCUAGGGGUAGUUUUAUUAGCAAUGUUUAAAACAGGUUUCCUAGGGGUUGUUGGGUUAGCAAUGUUUAAAACAGGUUUCCUAGGGGUUGUUGGGUUAGCAAUGUUUAAAACAGGUUUCCUAGGGGUUGUUUUAUUAGCAAUGUUUAAAACAGGUUUCCUAGGGGUAGUUUUAUUAGCAAUGUUUAAAACAGGUUUCCUAGGGGUAGUUUUAUUAGCAAUGUUUAAAACAGGUUUCCUAGGGGUAGUUUUAUUAGCAAUGUUUAAAACAGGUUUCCUAGGGGUAGUUGGAUUAGCAAUGUUUAAAACAGGUUUCCUAGGGGUUGUUUAAUUAGCAAUGUUUAAAACAGGUUUCCUAGGGGUUGUUGGGUUAGCACAAUUUAAAAUUGCAGCUUGGAUUAGACCUGCUGUUAACAAAAAGUCACAGUUGUAGGUUUUAAGCAGAAUUGCUAUAUAAAUAAGGAUCUAUUAGC